CUCAUAAUCAUUUCACCAUGAGCCCCGGUCGGCGAAGGUGAAGACGAGUGCGUUGAAGAGGGUUAUGAAGCCCAGAAGAUGGCAGUAAUGCAAAAAUAAGCAAAGCUGAUGCAUUAAGACACAGAAGAAGAAGAAAUUAGCGGUUGAGGAGGAGGAUAAGAAGAAGAAGAAGAAGACGCGAGAGAGAGAGAGAGAGAGAGAGUCCAAAUCGGUUUCCGGGUUAAGGUAUAUUUGUUAAACUGUUGAACGGGAUACAACCGUUCAGGAUGCUGCUAGUUUUGUCUGAAGACCACAAAGAACACCUCUCUUUCCUUCAGAAGGUUGAUCUCACAGUGGUUGGAGAGUUUGGUCGCAUAGCACUGGAGUUCCUAAAGAGAGGAACCAGCCCCAAGAUCUAUGAGGGAGCAUCCAGGAAGCUGUGUGUUCCUGUGGAAAUGGUGCAGCAUGGAGUGGAGGGCCUGAUGUUCCUGCUGACAGAGAGCUCCAAAUACACGAUCUCUGAAGUGGAUUUCAUGGAGUCAGUGUUGGUUUUGGGAUUUGGUGAAGACCUUAACAAUAUCCUCUCACAGCUGUACCUGCAGCAUCGCAGUCAGAUUCGCAGCAUCCUGAGUCAGCUGCCCUCCACUCUGCCUAUUUACCACAGCCUGGAAUGGAGACUGGAUAUACAGCUGGCGAGUCGUUCAGUCCGUCAGCAAGUUGUUCCCAUACUGAUGAUGCAUCUGCUCAUGACGAGAGGUAAUGACGGCAGCAGCAGCAUGAUUCUCCAGACAGACCUCAGUACCCUCCUGCACCUCAUCUCCACACUGGAGACUGCUUUGGCUGCUAUGAAAACCAAUCACGCUCGCCGCAUAUUACGCAACAUCAAAUAACCCAUCUCUUCUGUGUAGCAUGUGCCUCCUGUCACCUACAGAAGGUUGCAUUUAUACCUGGAAACAUGAAACAGUGUCUGUAUUCUUCAGCACAAUGUUGAAUGUUUCUUUUGAUUUGGUUCUGGAUGUUAAGCUACGUUUUCCCCAUCUGACUGGCAAAUGGUUCUCACUUUAAUACUCUGAAAAUGUGCCAAAUGGUAUGAACUGUAUUGCAUUUAGGCUUCUUGUAAUGGUGCUGAUGUUAUUUUGAAAAGAAACACCAUUCUUAUUGUAUGUUAAAGCUAUAGACAUGAAGGCACUGUGUCAACAUUUUAAUAGAACAGAAUGAAAGAAUAUCAUUGACAACGACUGCUUUACUUUUAUUGUUGUGAAUAUGACAGUAAAGAAUGUGAACAUGUCUCA